ACAGUUGGAUGUUCAAUUUUAAAAACCGAAUUAUUCAAAUCCAAUCCAGCAUUUUGAGUUGAGUCAUCCCUAUUCUAUUUCUGAUGCAUGAAAUUACAGAUAUGGAAGCUACUGAUAUGUUUGGAAUUGUGUGAAAAAUCAGUGUGGUUGCAGAAUCGGUUAGGGUAAAGAAUGGUACAAUAUUGGUUUUUGAGAGACCAGUUCUCUUCCUCAAGUCACUGACGAAUGCAAUACCCACUCCAUUCCCCAUCUCCAUUUAUAGUUCCUGUAACUACCCCUCCUUAGUCCUUCACAAACUAUCUAAUUAUAACUGUCAACAAAUCAAUCAUUUUGUUACAGUAACAGUGGUCAAUAGCGCGCGCUAGCGCCGGUGCGGAGCAGCUCCCUGCCGCGACGCGAAGUGGUUGCGGUGUUGUGUAGUGGCUGGAGUGGCGGCCGCUAUUGCAGAAAAUUGCGGCUGUUUUCUGAAAGUUAGAAGGCUUUUCAGGGGGCAAUCUUGGGAUUUCACCCCUUUUACAUUGCCAUUUUCCGCACGUCUUUCUAUCAUUCGAAUUCUGCAUGCUCGAACCCUAGGUGCUCCCAUUCACCAUCUCCGAUAACUUCUGCUUCGCCCGACGACCUUCACAGUGGCCGACAUCCUCUUCCGGCCAAAAUCUGGUGCGGGUCACCAUUCCGCCCUAGUUCUGGUCAUCUUCAUCUCUGGCGACGUCAUUUUCGACGUGACCCAUCUGCGUUAGGAGCUGUUCUUCGGCCCAAAUCCGGCGCUGUUUACUAUUUCCAGCCAAGUUUUGGUCAGCUUCUUCAUUUCUAGCAAGACGCACAUGCUUUUUUUGGCAUUUGAAUUUUGAAGACGUAAGGAGUUGGAUUAAGGUUUCUUUCAAAGUUUUGUUCAGGCAUUCACAAUCAUAUUCCACUUAAUCUUCCUUGGCUUUUCAGAUAAAAGACGAAGUUCAGCUCUAAAAUGGGUGGGACACAAGUGGAGAGAGAAGAGAAGGUUUCUUUGGAGCUGAGUGAAGAAAUUCUUCAGAGUAUGGAAGUAGGGAUGGCCUUUAAGGACUAUAAUGGUAGAAUUAGUUCGUUGGAUUUUCACAGGGCAUCCAGUUAUUUAGUGACUGCUAGUGAUGAUGAAUCCAUUCGUUUGUAUGAUGUUACUGGUGGAACAUGUUUGAAGACAAUUAACAGCAAGAAGUAUGGGGUUGACCUGGUUUGCUUCACGUCUCAUCCUACAACUGUCAUCUACUCUUCAAAAAAUGGUUGGGAUGAAUCUUUGCGCCUUCUAUCAUUGCAUGAUAACAAGUAUUUGAGAUAUUUCAAAGGUCACCAUGACAGGGUUGUAUCACUUAGCUUGUGCUCUCGGAAAGAAUGCUUUAUAUCUGGAUCUGUAGAUCGAACUGUCUUACUAUGGGAUCAAAGGGCUGAGAAGUGCCAGGGACUUUUGCGUGUACAAGGAAGGCCUGCUAUAUCAUAUGAUGAUCAGGGGCUUGUCUUUGCAAUUGCCUUCGGAGGAUACAUGAGAAUGUUUGAUGCUCGCAAGUAUGAAAAGGGUCCAUUUGAGAUAUUUUCUGUUGGGGGAGAUAUUUCUGAUGCAAAUGUUGUGAAAUUUAGUAAUGACGGGCGACUCAUGCUGUUGACAACUGCAGAUGGACACAUUCACAUACUAGACUCAUUUCGUGGCACACUUUUAUCCACAUAUAAUGUCCCACCUGUCUCAUGCAACUCCACAUUAGAAGCUUCUUUCAGCCCUGAGGGAAUGUUUGUAAUAUCAGGUUCUGGGGAUGGCAGCAUCUAUGCAUGGAGUGUUCGAAGUGGCAAAGAAGUUGCAAGUUGGAGGAGUGCAACUUCUGAUACUGGACCUCCCGUUAUAAAGUGGGCUCCUGGAAGUCUUAUGUUUGCUACUGGAUCUUCUGAGCUGUCAUUCUGGAUUCCAGAUUUGUCUAAAUUGGGAGCUUAUGUUGGAAGAAAGUAGAAACAAUACAUGAUAAAGCGAUUGUUUGCCCAUCAACCCACUGAAAGGUCAUAUUUUUUAUUAAUACUAGACUAAGUGACAAAUUCUGCCCUGGCUUGUAAAUAUCUUUUCCAGUGGGCAACAUAUAUUUCAUUGCGCCUCCUAAACUGUGUACAAGUUGAGAUAUCUAAAUGUACAUCUUUCUGCCAGCAUGCUUUUGAUGUUUGUUUGAUUAUGAUUGCUUCAGUAUACUAAUACAUUGUUUUAC